AGAGGCAUGCUUGUGUGUAAACAUCAAUGAAAACUCAACAACAGCCGCUUAAAAAAAAUAUAUAAGGACGUGGUAUAUUAUUUCCGAUUAACGUUAUAGAAUAAUCGUGAAGAUACCAUUUCCUCUACUUUAAAAUGAAGACCAAAUCGUCUUAUCAUAAAUCUGAAAACACAUUCAGGUUUCUCACGUUUUCUGAACGGCUUGCCAAUGUGAAUAUCGAUGUUAUCCAUCGCAUCGACAGAACGGGCAGUUACGAUGAAGAGGUAGAAACGUAUUUCUUUGAAGGACUGACAAAAUGGAGGGAUUUGAAUUUGACAGAGAAUUUUACAACCUUUUUAAAAGAAGUGAUCAACAAGAGUCAGUCCUUCAACCUGCUCGUAUUCCACCAGCAGUCUAUAGUAGAGAGCCUAAAGACCCACCUUGGAGUGCGUGGCAGCCUGGCUUACCAGCCCCUGCUGGAUCUGGUGGUGCAGCUGGCUCGGGACCUCCAGGUAGAUUUCUACCCUCACUUCCAGGACUUCUUCCUCAUCAUCACCUCCAUGCUGGAGACCCAGGACACAGAGCUGCUGGAGUGGGCCUUCACCUGCCUCUCGUACUUAUACAAGUACCUAUGGAGGCUUAUGGUCAAGGACAUGACUCAGAUGUACUGUUUAUACAGCACACUCCUGGCUCACAAAAAAGACCACAUACGCAACUUUGCUGCAGAAAGUUUUGCAUUUUUGAUGAGAAAGGUGCCUGAUCUGGAUGAACUCUUCACCUGCAUGUUCCAGGACCUGGCUGAUCACUCGCAGAAAGCAGAAGGUGUGGGACAGCUUCUGUUCCAGAUGUGCAAAGGGGUCCGCAACAUGUUCCACUCAUGCGCCCACAAGGCUCUUCCUGUCGCCAUGCGAAAGCUGGGCCCUUCAGCUGAGGGCAGUGUGUCUCUACCCUGGACUGCUAUUGGAGAAGCUCUGGAUCACAUGGCGGAUGCAGCAGCCAAUCAUAUCGACAAGGAACACUUACUGGUGCUCUGGGAGUGUCUAGAGGGCUGCUUGAUGGAGGUGCUACAGAAGCUGGAGUCUGGAGGCGAGGGCGGCCAGGCCUCUGAACACAUGGAGAGGCUCCUGCACAUCUACCACACCCUGGUGGAGCACAGAGGUGGAGCCAAGGUCACCCGGCCAGAGUCAGCGUGUGAGACCCUGGUCCGGCUGAUCCAGGCCCCUCAUCUUUCCUCAUCGUGUCAAGUGUUACUGCUCGAGGUGACAUCGUCACUGCUGCUUGGCGAGAACGUGUCCAUGCCUGACGUUCUGAUUCAGGGGCUGCUGAACAAGGUCUUCAGGAGUGGAAGAGACCAGGACAUCAUCCUACCCUUCGCUAAGGGCCUGUUUGACAUGAAGCAGUUUGAACAGCUCCUGCUGCCCAGUCUGUUGCAGUACCUGGAGCAGAUGUUCAGCAGUGAGGACCGUGUGACUCGCCAGCUGGCCCUGGAACUCCUGGCCAGCCUCAUCCUGGCCAAAGCAGAGCCACCUUCCGAUGGCUCCCUGGCCUUUGAGAAGUACCCCCUGGUCUUCACCGGUCAGCUCCCCACGUUGUCCGAGUCCAUGGAGGGUAAACAGCCCGUGUCCGUUCCUCAGUAUGUACUGUCAUUACUGGACCGGCCGAAGGAGGAGGCCGUCAGAGACCUCCCUCACCUCUGGGCAGCCCUGGUGGUCCUGCCUCACCUCAGGCCUCUGGAGUCGGGCACGGUUAUUCCCAUGGUAACGGCGCUCAUCGACUGCCUGUUGAAUGAUGUGGAGACUGGAGGCUUGGGAAAGGGGGGCCUGUUUGUGGCCCGCCAGGCCGUCAGCACACUGCUGAGCUUCAAAGAGUCCGCUGAGGUUCUGGCCCUUGUGCCGGUGGACCGGGUCCGCAGCAUUAUCCAGAAGUUCCCCACAGACCUCUCUGCUCUGUUGUUGGGGGACCUAUACUACACCAGACUUUCCUUGAAUGGCUGCUCUGCCCACCUCUCCCAUGAUGCAAUGUUGGAGUUGUACCAGAUGCUACACUCUAACCUCUCCUCCAAUGUCUCUAAGAUUCGACUCCUAACUCUGAGGAUUCUGACUCACUUUGAGGCAGACAUUCCCAAGCAAACAGAGGGUGAAGAGAGCGUGGAGACGCAGUCGGUGUUCAGGCUGUGUCUGCAGGCGGAGCUGGUCCCUGCCUCGCUGCAUGACUACAGGGAGAAGCUGCUGCACCUGCGGAAGCUGCGACACGACCUGGUGCAGCGUGCCCUGCCCCGGGGGCCCUUCCAACAGGUGCCCCUGCGUUAUCUGAUUGGAAUGCUGUUCAUCAAUUUCAGCCCUCUCUGGGACCCAGUUAUUGAGCUCUUGGUUACCCAUGCCAAUGGAAUGGAAAAUAAAGACUUCUGGAUGGUCUUCUAUGAGCACCUUGAAAUGGUGGCUGUUCUAGCAGAGAAGGAGCUUCACGAGGAUGACGAUGAUGAUGAGGACGAAGAGAGUGGAGCAGCGCAGGCUGCCCCUCCCGACAUUGACGUGGUCGAGAGCGGGGACCUGGGGGUUCUGUUCCUGCAGCAGCUGGACCAGGCCUCCACCCCCGACGAUCGCACGGACUUCACCAACUUCCGCUUCCUGCUGUGGAAGGCCAUGGUGAAAUUUCCCGACCGGGUGGAACCGCGUAGCCGGGAACUGAGUCCGCUGCUCCUGCGCUUCAUCAGUAAGGAGUUCUACCCAGCAGACCUGAUGGUGGCUCCCAUCCAGUGCCUUAGAAAGACAGAUGAUGCCACCACAGAACCUGAAAGGCCUGGUGAAGAAGAGCAGGAAUCCACAGAGGAAGAGGAGGAGGUGCCCAAACAGGCAGUGAGAAAGACACCAAGGAGAGCAGCAGCAAAGCAGCUUAUUGCUCACCUGAAAGUGUUCGCGAAAUUCACCAACCCCCGUUCCCUGUACCUGGAACCUGACGUGCAUCAGCUCUACACACAGUUGCUGUGUCAUCAGGACCAACAGAUCCAGAAGAUGGCCCUGGAGUGUGAGCUGUCAUACAAGCACCCCCACAUCCUCCCCUACAAGGAAAAUCUAGAGCGACUGCUGGACGAUAAGCACUUCAAAGAGGAGGUUGUCCACUUCAACAUUACCGAGGAAGGAUCCACAGUGGAAGCGUCACACAGACAGGAUCUCAUCCCUGUGCUAAUGAGGAUCCUGUACGGGCGCAUGCGCAGUAAGACGGGCAGUAGGUCUCAGGGCAAGGCGAGCGCCGUCACGCGCUCCUCCAUAGUGCUGCGCUUCCUGGCCGGCUGUCUGCCAGAGGAGCUGGGCAUGUUCAUCGACCUGCUGCUGGAGCCUGUCCGUCAGCACAGUCACGGUACAUGUGCGGCUGCAGUCCAGAGGGCGAUUGAGCAGACUGACCUCUCUGCAAUCCUUCCUCUGGGACGACAGCACAGUCUGCUGAACCUCGUGGACGUGGUCAUCCAGAAGCUGGGUCACCUGAUCCACCAAUACCUGCCCAAGGUUCUGCAGAUCCUGCUCUGUGUCACCGCCUCAGUGUCCACUGUGCUGGAUCAGAGAGACCAGGUUAAAGCAGGCUGCAUCAGCCCUCUGAAGAACCUGAGGCGCCUGGGAAUCCUGCGGAUCAAUGACUUCUUCGACGGUUUUGAGUCGUACAGCUUCAGCGCUGAUGAACUGGACGGCGUGUUUCUGGCUGUGGUCUGGACUCAGGUGUGCCGCCUUCCCACAGAGAGCCCCUAUGCCCCCACCCCCCUGCUCAAACUCAUCCGUGUGUGGAGCCAGAACGCCAGGUAUUUUCCUCUGCUGGGAAAGCAGAGGCCCGGUCACCCAGAGUAUGACGUGCUGCUCAACGUCUUUGCCCUGCUCGCCGCCAAAAAUGUUUCCCAGUCCACUGUUGCCAUGGUGAUGGACAUUGCAGAAAGCCUGGUAACCACGCCUGACUUCCUGCCCACGGAGAAGGAGGCAGAGCUGUCUGUCAAUUCCAUCGUAGUCCCUGAGCCAGGCGACAGGAGUGACAUAGCCGCAGAUGCACUGAACCUGGGUUCGAAGCUCCUCCUACCACACAUCCCCACGCUGCUGCAGUACCUCAGUGGAGUGGUCCGUAACACCGACCGCAUUAAGAAAAAGAAGUUCAGAGCUCAAGUGAACAAGGAGCUCAACAUCCUCUCAAAGAUCAGCAGAUUUGUGAGCGAUAAGGAGCAGAGCUCCAUGCUGAUCAAGCUCCUGCUGCCGCACCUCCACAGACCCCACACGGCCCAGGAGACGCUGAUGGACAUCCUGGAGACGGUGCAGAACCUGCUGCGACGCUGCGCCGACCCCGUCUCCUUCCUCAAGCCCAUGAGCCGACUCUUCUCCAGCAUCCACAGCAAGCUGCCCCGCCAGGCCCUGUGUGUCUGCUUUCAGACGUUAUCGGACCUGGACAACGGACUGAAGUACAUCACGGAUGUGGCAGCGCAGCUCAACGCCUUCGACAGCCGCCACCUGGAUGAGAUCCACUUCGACGUGCGCCUGACUGCCUUCCAGGGGGCAACGCAGCGCAUCAAAGACAUGGAGACUCUGGACAUGAACUACCUGCACACACUCAUGCACAACUGCUUCCACUCUUUUGAGAUUGGGGACAUGUCCCUGGCAGACAGUGCCACCUCAUGCCUGUCAGCUAUCAUCACACAACUGGCGUCGAUGGAGCACAGUGAGGAGGAGUACAAAGAGAUUGUGCAACACACCUUGCUGGACGCAGUACGGAGAGGCCUCCACAGCAAAAUGGAGACUGUCCAGCAGGACUACACCACGGUCCUCUCCUGUCUGGUUCGGACGUUCCCCUCCCGCCCGGAGUUCCGGGACCUGGUGCAGCUCACUGACUACAAUGACCCUGAGUCUGACUUCUUUGAACACAUGAAGCACAUCCAGAUCCACAGGAGGGGACGUGCCCUGCGGAAGUUAGCCAAGCAGCUGACGGAGGGAACGGUGGUGAUGUCGCCCAAGUCGCUGCAGAACUACAUCAUGCCGUACGCCAUGACGGCUCUGUUCAGUGAGAAGAUGCUGAAGCAUGAGAACAUGACCUCAGCCUCUGUGGAGGUGAUAGGCUCCGUAUGCAGGUGUCUCACCUGGUCUCGGUACCUGUACUACCUCAAGUACUUUGUCCACGUGCUACAGACUGGACAGGCUGACCAGAAACUGGCUGUCAGCCUGCUGGUGACCGUGCUGGAGGCCUUCCACUUUGACCGGGAGACCCUGGGGAGGGAGCUGGAGGCGAUGAAGAGUAGGGAGGCCGAGACAGGUGCCACAGAGGAGGAAGGUGAGGAAGAGGAUGGGGCCAUGGAGAUGGGAGAGAGCGACACUGAGGAGGCAGCGGAAAAGGCGGACGAAGAGCAGGGGCCACACACCGCAGAGAGGCCUGACGAAUCCAAACCGGUGGAGGCCUCCGCGGAGAAGGCAACAUCGGGCAGGGCAGUGGGGAAGGUUCCCAGUGGUCUCCCUCAGAGCAGAGAGGGACUGGAGUCUCUGAUCACCUCCAUCCACCAAACCGUCACUCAGAGCGUUCUGCCCAAACUGCACAAGUGCCUCACUGCCAAGGUAAAGAGGGACGAGGAGCACAAGCUGGUGAAGUCCAAGGAUGUGAAGGAGGAGGAGGUGGUGAGGGUGCCCAUCGCCUUCGCCAUGGUCCGCCUCAUGCAGACCCUUCCGCAGGAGAUCAUGGAGGCCCACCUUCCUGGUAUCCUGCUGAAAGUGUGUGUUCUCCUGAGGAAUCGGUUCCAGGAGAUUCGAGAUGUGGCGCGAAACACCCUGGUCAAAAUCAUAGAGACGCUGGGCCGUCGCUACUUGCAAUUCCUGCUGAAGGAGAUGCAGAGUGUCCUGGUCAAGGGAUACCAGAUCCACGUGCUGACCUUCACAGUCUACCAGAUACUGUCUGCCCUGUGCCCCUCCCUGAACAGCGGAGACCUGGACCCCUGUAUGGACCUGCUGCUGCAGAUCUUCAACAACGAGCUGUUUGGUUCCGUUGCUGAGGAGAAGGAAGUGAAAGGAAUCAUUUCCAAAGUGAUGGAGGCACGUAGCAGCAAAAGUAUGGACUCAUAUGAGCUGUUGGCACAGUUCUCCGGGAAGGAGCAUGUCACUCAGCUCAUCUUGCCACUCAAAGAGAUUCUGGAGACCACGGCCAGUCUGAAAGUUGCUCGGAGAGUUCACGCCGUGCUACGGCGAAUAGUGUCUGGACUUCUGCUGAACAAGAGUAUGAACAAUCAGUCCAUUCUGCUGCUCAGCCAUGGGCUGGUCAGCGAGAGCCUCCCGCUUCUCACCCAGAAGAACAAGGAGAAGGCGUCUGUGAAGCCCCCCCCAGACCCCCGGCUGGCCCCAGCCAGCUGCCUCCUCCUGCCCCCGACGCCUAAAAGGGGUGGGAAUAAAGCCCCAGUCAGCCGCCGCACCAACAUGCACAUCCUGGUGGACACUGGACUGAGGCUGUUGCACAUGAGUCUGAAGAGGUCAAAGGUCAAUUCGUCAGAAGCAUUUGUUCUGGAAAUGCUGGACCCGUUUGUCUCACUGCUGUUAGACUGCCUCUCCUCUAUGCACGUAAAGGUAAUUACAGAGGCUCUGCAGUCUUUGUCCUGGAUUCUGAAGUUUCCUCUGCCAGCAGUGGAGUCCAACGCUGAGAAGCUCACACAGCAGCUGUUCUUGCUGCUCAAAGACUACGCCAAGGCUGGCGCUGCUCGCGGAGAAAACUUCAACCUUGUCCUCAACUGCUUCAAGUCCAUCACCAUCCUGGUGAAGACUAUGAAGACUCACCGGAUCUCUGACAAGCAGUUGCAAGUUCUGCUGGGAUACGCUGAGGAAGACAUCUAUGACCAGUCGCGCCAAGCCACAGCAUUUGGUCUACUAAAGGCUAUAUUAUCCAGGAAACUGGUGGUCCCAGAAAUGGAGGAUGUGUUGAAAAAAGUGGCCAAGCUGUCAAUCACUGGCCAAAAUGGACAAAUCAGGGUCCAGUGCAGACAUAUUUACCUGAAGUAUCUCCUGGAUUAUCCCUUGGGGAAAAAGUUGAGGGCACACUUGGACUUUGUAGUUGCUCAGCUCAGUUAUGAGUAUGACACUGGCAGAGAGUCAGCUCUUGAGAUGAUGGCCUUCAUUUUCCAGACUUUCCCUCAGGAUCAUCUGGAGCAGUUCAGCGGCCUGUUCUUUGUCCCACUGGCUCUGGUCAUGGUGAAUGAUGACUCUGCAUCUUGUAAGAAGAUGGCAGCUCUGGCUAUCAAAUCGCUGUUGAACAAACUGGACUUGGACCACCAGAAUACCUUGUUUUCCCUGGUCAGCACCUGGUUUUCCAGUGAGAAGGUGACCCACCAACGACUGGGAGCUCAGGUGUGUGGGCUCUUUGUGGAAGUGCAGGGGGAGGAGUUUGCCUGUCGCCUCGAUACCCUGCUUCCUCUGAUGGAGAAGGAAAUGCACCCAUCCAACUACGAAGAUAUAGAAGAGGAGGCAGAGGAAAAAGCAGCUGACAGAUUGCUCUUCAGCUUCCUGACACUCGUCACAAAACUCAUCAAGGAGUGCAGCUUCCUCCAGCUCACGAAACCAGUGGAGACUCUCACCCAAAUCUGGAACCACGUAAACGCUCAUCUGCGCCACCCUCAUUCUUGGGUGUGGCUGACGGCCUCCCAGGUCUUCGGCCAGAUGUUCGCUGCCCACAAGCCAGAGGAUCUGGUCACCCAGUGGAGGGGUCUUCAGGGUGACACCACGGCAAAGGUGCCAGUGGCCACCGAGUACCUCGUCACUGACCUGGACAAGAAAAUGAGAGAGAUGGUCUUAUCAUUCUGCAGUCAGCUUCAGUCCAAGUUCCUGGAUACAUCUUUGGGUGAACAGGUGAUAAAGAACCUGCUGUUUGUGGCCAAAGUGAUUUACCUGAUAUCACCGGAGUCAGACUCAACGGAGAGCCAAGACCAGAUUGAUGAAGAGGAUGAUGAACAGAAGGAGGCUGAAGAAGAUGAAAAGGAGGAAGAGAAUGAACGACCUCCAUCCUUACUGUGGGUAAUGAAGAAGCUGUCAGUGCUGGCGAAGAGGGAGGCAGCGGAUACGCCCAAAGUACCCCUGAAGAGAACCUGUGUGUUUAAGUUCCUGGGUGCCAUGGCUGUGCAUCUGGGCAAAGACCAGCUCAAACCAUACCUGACCACCAUCAUUGCCCCACUCUUCAGGGAACUGGACAGCACCUACGCCGACCAGGACCCUACUCUGAAGAACCUGUCCCAGGAGCUGAUGGACCUGCUGAAGAAGCAGGUGGGACUGGAGAGCUUCUCCCUGGCCUUUGCUGCUGUGCAGAAGGAGGCCACACAGAGAAGAGCCAUGCGCAAGAGACACAAGGCUAUGCAGGCUGUUGCUAACCCUGACAUCGCAGCCAAAAAGAAAUUGAAGAAACAUAAAAACAAAAUUGAAGCCAAGAAGAGAAAGAUUGAAUUUCUGCGUCCGGGAUACAAAGCCAAAAAACAGCGUAGCCAUGGCCUAAAGGACCUGGCCAUGGUGCAGUGACAUGGCCCUGUCCACUGCUGAUGACAUCUCCAUCAGUUUCAGCUUUGGGAGAAGCAUUUAUAGAGUCUUGAACAGUGCAUGUUUGAGAAACUACUGGAUGUGCAGUUAAAUGUACAACUUUUUAUUAAAAAGAAAUCACUUUUGUAUAAAUACACAUUUAUGGUCAAGCAAAUAAAGAUUUCAGAUUUUGUUUCUAAAAGAAACAAAACUUAAGAAGUUUUCACCCAA